AUGUCAAGCAGCUCUGGCAACCUCUCCCCUUGUGCAAACACGUUCCUUUACACACUGCAACCCGGAUCUGCCACCACCCGUUUCCACUCUGGGCACCUGCACUCACAAGAUCCAGUGGGAGAAAGUUUCUUAAAGGAGCCCCGAUCCCAGAGUUGGAGACCCUUCUCUUCUGGAGUCCAAAAAGGAAGCGGGCAAAUCCAGCUGUGGCAAUUUCUUCUGGAGCUUCUAUCAGACCACGCCAAUGCUAACUGCAUUGCCUGGGAGGGAACCAAUGGUGAGUUCAAGCUGACAGAUCCAGAUGAGGUGGCCAGGCGCUGGGGAGAACGCAAAAGCAAACCCAACAUGAACUACGACAAGCUGAGCCGAGCACUGCGCUACUAUUAUGACAAGAACAUCAUGGCCAAGGUGCAUGGCAAGAGAUAUGCCUACAAGUUUGACUUUCACGGCUUAGCCCAAGUAUGCCAGUCUGCACCAACCACUGAGCAGGGUCUCUACAAGUUCCAGGGGAACCUACCCCACCUGCCAUUCAGCGGUCUUUCUAAGCUCAACCUCAUGACCUCUGGGGUUACCCCUGCUGGCUUUUCCUAUUGGCCGGGCACACCCUCUGCUUUGUACCCAAGUCAUGGUCUGCAGACCACACCAGGAGGGUUCAGCUCAGUGUCUGCCCCACAUCUCAGCUCCAUUAAUAACAUGGGCAACAUGAAUGCCCACUACCACUAACUCCUUGUCCAUUACUUUCCACCUGUAUGUGCGGCUGUUCAGAAUCAAGGAAAAUAUUCUCAUUAAUGUGACAGAACAGUCCGAGCUCAAGAGAUGUUGCUAAAAUAGGAGGCACAGGGACAGAGAAGGAACUAAAAGGUGCAACAGUCAAAGGGGACCUGUAAUCAGCCACAAAGGGACCGUUUAUUGUGUAUUGACAUUGGGUAGAAAUGUUCCAGCAGGACAACCUAAUACCUGGAUCCAAUUCCAAUCCAAUGUCCUGACUCUACUAUAUAUGUUCAAUUUAUGUUUUGCCCAAAGCAUAAGGUUACUCAAGCCAUCACUCAUUAUCAAUGCCAGUCUAUUAAGACCUUUUUUUUAAAAAAGGCCCCGCCCACAUACCCAUCAUUCUCUUUCUAUGUGUCAUAUGUUAUAAAUGUUAUAAAUGUGUCAUAACUAACAAAAUUGUUACGAUAUCAACUAAUUUCAAAUGGGUAACCAGCAAAUUCUACCUGCUGAUGUUGUUUGCAUUGCCCUCAUAGUCAGUUGAUUACUGCAAGGCAAGUCCACAUGGGCUUAAUCAUUGCCAUUACAAUGAAGGUGAAUCCCAUCUUAAUCAAGUAUUUACCCAAGUACCAGGGAUGCACAGAAUCCAGGAUUCAGUUCAGGAUUCGGCCACGAUUUGGCCUUUCGUUACACAAGCAAGGAAGUCAAAAACUGUUUAACCACUUGCUUCUUGUGCAGUUCUAUUUCCUCCCUAUUAACCCAAAUUUACAUAUGCUAAUUAGGGUUCCGAUUUAGUUCAGGAUUCAGACGAAUCUUUCACAAAGAAUUUGGCAGAAUCCUAAAAUAGUUGAUUUGGUGCUUCUGGGCUGCUCUCUUCACCAAUGUCAGGCAGAAGGCUUGGUACAGACUGUAUUGAGUGAUCAGGAUAUCAUUGCAUUUAUCUUAAUGGUCUGAGGACAAUAUUCUAGAGCUCUGUCUAGUGGCCAAAUGUAUAAUAAGUAGAUAUUAAAGGACAAAGCAAGCCCAAUGAACUUUUAGCAGUGCUCUGUAUUCCCGUCAAACCGGAACCAUUGUCAUGCAGUACUAUCACAUUUAAAUAAAAAAGGCUGACUUGUUUCUGCUCAAUCUCCCAUAAAGUCUGAGAGCAAGACCAAAACCAAUAUUCUGUGCAGUGUGUCUCCCAGAGAUGUGGACUUUGCACAGAACUGGUCACGUAGCAGAGUAGAUGACUUGAGAUGGCCAAAGAUUUUCAUACUGCAUGCUUGUGUUCAUGGGGGGCCCCCAUAGAAAUAACUUGUACAGGGCUCCAAUGUUUACUAUGGUGGCCCUGACCAAGCCAAAACCUCCUGCUUGACCAGAGAACAGCUAACAACUCUACAAAAGGGAUCCUCAUGAGGUUAAUGUAGAUGGGUAAUGGUGUCCUACCAGGUGGACUUAUAAUUUAAACAAACAUCAGUCAUGUUAAUAUAGCCAUUUAUCAUGGUAUCACAAUUAAAUCAAACUAACAGAUGAUACAAUAUUGAGUGUUGCAUUUUUUUACCUUGAUAACAUGCUUGCUGUUCAAUGCAAUAGAAAAACAACAGAGCAUCCAUGUUGUUUGCUCAUCUGAGGUUGCAUUUUAUUAGGGAUGCACCGAAUCCACUAUUUUGGAUUCGGCCGA